UUUUUUUUUUUAAAAAAAAAAGAGAUCGUAUAGAUCAUACAACUCUUUUCUCAGAGAAUGAAAUCAGACUCUAUAAACGACUCGAAAGGGAAGCAACAGGAGCAGCCUCUACCUGAUGGCGAUCAGGUUGAGUCUCAAUCUGUGGACUCAACCGCUGGUUCCGCUACGACUCCUGGAAAACGCCUCUUUAAGAUUUUUAUCGUCAACCAAAACAUUGGAUAUCUAAACUUCAUCUCAUACUUGAUCGCUUGUUUCGCAACCAUCUGCUUGGUAGUCUAUCUCUCCAUCGUCCAACCAUUUGUUCUCACAGUCCUGUUGAGGAUCACAGAGAACACCGGUAACCUCACUGGCUCCUUAGUUCUUUAUGAUGAAAUCCUGGCCUUGCCUGCCACAUUGGUCUGGGGUGUGCUCUCAGAUCGUAUUGGUCGUCGUCCUGUAUACAGUCUUGGCUUCGUCUUUCUGGGCACAGCAUUAAUCUUGUAUUCAUAUGUCAAGAAUGUAUACCCCCAUAUGCUUCUCUGCCGUCUCUUAUUCUCAUUGGGCUCAGCAGCCUGUACAUCCAUGAUGACGGCCACCCUCAGUGAUGUUGCUGGUGGUCAUAAGGAACGUGGACGUGUCAGUGCUAUAGUUGGCAUGUUUUCAGGUUUUGGUGCUCUGACCUCAGGUAUGGCUCUGAUCAACCUGCCCUAUCAGAUGGGAUCAAGGGUCCACAGUGAGUCCCAAGGGAUUCGGGUUGCCCUGUGCAUCGUCGGGGGCUGCGCUAUCGCCUUGGGAGUCUUCUUCGUCUUCACCAUGCCCAACGUCAACCCGACCUCCAAGGGUUUCCUUGCUCGUCUUCGUGGUCAUCGUGCCACUGAAAAAGAGGUCAUUGUCACGCCUGCUCCAAAGAGGGUCGAGAGUCUCUUUGUUAUUCUCAAGUACGGUAUCCUUGCCGCUCGCGACCCUCGCAUUGCUCUUGCUUACCUUUCUAGUUUUGUUGCUCGUGCAGACACAGUCCUUUUCACAUCAUUUAUUAGUUUAUGGGUCAUCCACCACUACCUCGACCUUGGUUGGUGCCGUGACAAGACUUCAUGCGGUGCAGCCUCUGGUGAUACUCAUCAACUCACAGGUCUGGCCCAAGGACUUUCCUUAGCAUUUGCUCCCUUCUACGGUUAUGCGGGCGAGAAGCUUCGCAAGUCAACAGUCUUGGCCGUUGCUGGUAUCAUUGGCGCGGUUGGCUCAAUCCCUUUCGCCUUCACGACCGUUGCACCCGCCCACAAGUCCAACUACGCCUGGGUCUGCUUAGUUGGCAUUGGUCAGAUCGGCAUGAUCGUUACGGGCAUGACCUUGCUCAACGGUACUUACACAGAACCCAAAUACCGUGGUAGCGUCGCCGGUGUGUUCAGUUUCUGUGGUGCACUCAGUAUCAUGAUCAUGGGAAGACUGGGUGGCUAUCUCUUUGAUGCCUGGAUGCGUGGCGCUCCCUUUGUUCUCAUGGGCAUUGCUCAUGCUGUGAUCGCCCUCUUCAGUAUCUAUGUUCGUAUCGUCUCCCCCAGAUUGGAGAGAGAGGAUCGUGAGAAGAUGGAGAGAGAGAAAGCUCUUGGAGGCGACCCUGACUCUCAUAAAGAUCCUUAUUAUGGUCAUCAACUCAGUACAUAGUUAUUUAUUGUUACUAAUAUAAUGUCUAAAGUUUCACAGUUUACUAAGCACACACAACUUGGAGAAUACUUUGUAUAUUUUUUCGUCCUUGACUACUCAUAAACAUGAAAUUCUGCAUAUUUUCUAUAUAAAAACUCAUAACCAGUGAGUGCUUAC